CCAUUCACAAUUUGAGGCUAUCAACCCUAACCUCCACCAAUUCAAAUACUAUACCAUAAUAAGAAAACCUUACCAUAUCACCAUUAUAAGUUCACAAUAAAAAUUAAAACAUCACAAUAAGAAAGAAAGACAACAAUGAAGAAGAAGAUGAAAAUUUCUACAUUGGCUUGUCUGCUAGCUUUAUUCACAUUAGCAACAAUGUCAAGAGCUCAGGACUCCGCUUGUCUGAAUGAGCUUGUGCCAUGCCUGCAGUACAUCAAAUCCAAGAAAACUCCAUCGAGAGACUGCUGUGAUCCUCUGAAGUCGCUGAUAAAGUCCGACCCUGGAUGCCUCUGCAGCAUGCUGGGUGGAAGUUCAGCAACAAAGCAGGCUAAGGUUAACAUGACAGAAGCAAUGUUUCUGCCAGUGAGGUGCGGGGAGCACGUGUCUGCUUCUAUGUGCUCUAAGGUUUCCAGGUCAAAGAACAAAGGUUCAAGCUCAGGAUCAAGGUUUGUGAGUCCAGAUGGAAUGAUGAUACUGUGCUUGCUUCUCCUGGUUCAGAUUGCAUUGGUGUUGAUUGUAUAAUAUGCUUACGGAUUGUCAUUUUUGGUGUCAAUAUUCCUUGUAGAAUUGUUACAAUAUCGGGUUUGAACCAUGCAAUUCAAUUGUUCGGUGCAUUUAGUGUU